AUGAAAGGAAUGUCAUUUUUUUUUUGACUGUAUAGUAUAUUAUCAAAGAAUUUAUUAUUAUUAAAUUGCUAAAAAUAGUAAAAAUUAUUUAUUAAGCAAUAUACCUUGUCUGUACUCUAAAUGAAAACUGAAGUCUGAAACUGUAUACGUUUCUGAGUUUGUACAGUGGUUUUGAUUUUAACUUGUCAUGUAAUACAUAAAAUCAGGUUUAAUCAAAUGGAAGUAAAACAAGAAUUCACUGAGGAGACGUGUAAAGUAGAAAUAGAAUAUUAUAAUGGCAUGGAUGAUACUCUUCUGGAUUGUCUUAAAUGUGAAGUUAAGGAAGAAUUCACUGGACAAAGUGCAUAUGAUUAUUUGGACCUGAAGGAAUGUCCCAUAAACACUAAAAUAGAACAUGGAAAUCAACUUAAUCCCUUUGAAGAAAACCAAAAAACUGAAAAUGGUUAUCCCCAAGAGGAGACCAAACUGAACCUAAUUAUGGAAACAAUAACUGAACAUUCAUCUAGCGAAGGAAACUCUAUGAGUAGAUACGCUGAAGGAAAAACAUUAAAUCAAAAUAUGAAAGUUGUGACUGGACAAAGACCUUACAAAUGUAACAUUUGUUUCAAACAAUUUCCUCAAAUAAAAAAUUUGAAACGACAUUUGAUAAUACACACCACAGAAAAACCUUAUAGAUGUGAAAUUUGUUUUAAUAUGUUUGCUCUAAAAGUUUAUUUAACUAAACACAUGAAAGUUCAUGGAGAAAAGCCUUACAACUGUGAAAUUUGUUUUAAAACGUUUUCUCAAAAAUAUUUUUUGAAAAUUCAUUUAAGAUCGCACACUGGAGAAAAACCUUAUAAGUGUGAGAUUUGUUUUAAACAGUUUUCACUAUCAGGUAAUUUGAAAGCUCAUAUAAGGACACACACUGGAGAAAAACUGUACAAGUGUGAAGUUUGUUUUAAACAAUUUAGUGAAGCAAGUCAUUUGAAAGCACAUUUAAGAACUCAUACUGGAGAAACACCUUACAAGUGUGAAAUCUGUUUUAAACAGUUUUCUCAAAAAUAUUUUUUGGAAAUUCAUUUAAGAACGCACACUGGAGAAAAACCUUAUAAGUGUGAGAUUUGUUUGAAACAGUUUUCUCGAAAAGAUGUUUUGAAAAAUCAUUUGCGAAUACACACUGGAGAAAAACUGUAUGAAUGUAAAAUUUGUUUAAAGUCGUUUAGUCAAUCCCGUAAUUUGAAAAUACAUUCGAGAGUACACGAUGGAGAAAAACCUUAUAAGUGUGAAAUUUGUUUUAAGCAGUUUAUUGAGGCACGUAAUUUGAAAACACAUUUAACAGUGCACACUGGAGAAAAACCGUACAAAUGUGAAAUUUGUUUUAAGCAGUUUCGGCAAGUAGGCAAUUUGAAAACACAUUUGAGAGUGCACACUGCAGAAAAGCCUUACAAGUGUGAAAUUUGUCUUGAGCAGUUUUCUCAGAAUAGUAAUUUAAAAGCACAUACUAGAACAGAUCAUAAACUAUAAAUUUUUUUUUAACAGGUUUUUCCUUAACAGGUGGUAUGUCACAAUGUUAAUUUAUAUACGUUUUAGGUACAGUUAUCGUCACUAUUACAAAACAAAUCUUCAAAUUAUGAUUGUGUACGUAAACUUUCUAUUUUAUUGAUAUCUAGUUAAAAUUUCCAAAGAAAGCUGUGAAUUUUUCAUAACUGUUAUUAAGUGAAUCCAUGUCAUAACUUACGUGGAAACGUGUCUAAAAAUUGGUAUUGUGUAAUCGUUUUUGAACUUGGGUACAAAAUGACUAUGUUAUACUAAAACAAUUUUUAAUUGAAGGUGAUUACUUGGCAACAUCGCACUUAACGAAGCCCUUAACGAUAACUUUUCAACGAAAUUCAUAUUCCACUUAUCAAUUUUGCAGAGGCGUACCAAAAUUUUUUUUUAUUAUUUAUUUAAACAUAAGUAAUUACGUAAAAAUUAAAUCUAAGACCGAUAUAAUUAUUAAAUUAUCGUGUGUCUUUUAACAGGUAUCUUAUAGUUGUCUAACAAAAUAAAGUUAAAUGUAUUCUUAUUAGAGAGUACCUAAUACAAAACUUCAAAAACCAGAAAACUUUGGAAAAUGCUUAUUUUUUUUUCAUUAGACUAAAACAAUCUGAAAUUUUAACUUACGAUCUCAUCAUUACACAUCAUUCUCUAUUUAUAGAAUUGCUGUGCGCCGUAAACGUUAUAUUGGUUUUUUUUUUUUAACUUAAUUUGAAAGUUUCCUUGCGUUUAUUUGUUUAGGUAUAUAAAUAUAAAAAUAUAUUCUGAAGUUCAUAUAAAUUAAAAUGAAGUAAGCUUAACUAUUAUCAUGUGAAUGCGUGUAUACAGUAGUGCAUUUGUUUAUUUAAGUAAAUUCUCGAAAUAUGAAAUGAUGGCACUAACUACCAAAGAGUUAAUAGCUUUGUUAGAAGAAGACUCAGAUUGUGAAAAUGAUGUAGAAGACAUUGAUGAUAAUAUUUUUUGUGAAGAAUCAAUAAAAUUGGAUAUUGCAGGUACAUAUGAAAUACAAGUGAUUGGGAAUUCUGACGAUUCUGAUUAUGAUAUUCCUCUGAACCACAGAUAAAACGUCCAAAGAAAAAACCAGGCAAAAAUAAUAAAUCCAAAUUUGUUUCAAGUUGUAACAACAGUAGUAAUUCAACAUCAGUCUGAUUGAUAUUUAAACAAUAUAAAAGCCUACGAUGGAGGCAAGUCAUGAAGUUUUUCACUCUUUUUUUGAUAAAAAAGUAAUCGAGAACAUUCUAUAUUUUACAAAUAUUUAUGCAUCGCAGAAUAACCGCCACGAUUUUGAAAUGAAUAACAUAGAUUUAAAAAAUAUAUUAGCAUAUGUAUAUUAUCUGGUUCACACUCUGCUUUAAGCUGAUAUGCAUUGGUCAAAGGACGAGGAUAAAGAAGAGCACAUUAUAAGAGAAAGCAUGAGCCAACAUAGAUUUACAUUUAUAAUAGUGAAGAAACUGCUGCAUCAGUGUCAAACUUGCUUUACCAGAUGAAACCAGAUUCGACAAUAUUGGCCACAUUCCAAAAAUUACAAAAAGAGACGAUAGUGCAAGAAUGUAGGAUGUGCAAAAGUAAUACUAUUUAUUUAUGUAAAAGGUGUAAAAAAUUUACACCCCGAAUGUUUCGAAAAUUUUCACUUUAAAAUUUAAUUUACAUUUAAGAUACAAUAUGUUCCUUUAUUAAAAAUUGUACUGUUUUCCUUGAAAAUGAGGAAAAAAAUCUUUUUGGUUGUAAAUUAGUCUUAAUUUAUUUGUUUUUAAUCCAAUUUAAUAAAUCGAUUGUCAAAUUUCUCUUUGUAUAUUGACCGUAUAUUGUUAAUGGGUUAAUACUAUAUAAAGAAUAAACUUGCCUCAAAUUUACUUUACUUACCUCAAAACUAUUUUAAAGUUAAUAAAAAAGUAUAUUUAAUAAAUAUAUUCCCAAGAAAUAGAACACAUUACGCCUAUGCACAUAUAUAAUGUGGAAGGUAGUGGUGGGCUUCAUAGUUCCUUUCUAGGAACUAGUUCCUGGAACUAGUUCUUUGGAACUAUAACUAACUUUGCGAUCAAAUCGGUAUGAUCAAUCUUGAUAUGAAUCGGAUCGAGUGUUUAGAAAAUGGUUCGAUAUUAGACAUCGCAAAUAAAAUAAAAGUAAAAUAUUGUAAACGAUAGGAAACUAAAUUAGAAGGCAUUGGUUUAAAUAAUUAUUUCUAUUCACGAAAAUAACGAAGUGGCCGUCAUCUAAAAAUAAGGAGAUUUAACACACUACUGACUAGAAAAUCGGAAUAGAUCUGUAAAAUUGAAUACGUAAACGAGGAACUCGUUAUGUAGUUUCGUGCUUAUAUGUAUGAAUUUAGAUUAUUUACGGGAACGAAAAUACGCAAAUGACGAUUACGUAUAUUUUUCUAAAAUUUACAACAGCCAACAAUACUCCUGUAGAACGUUAUUUAAAUAAAUUAGGACAUUUUUCCUUAAUAUAUAUUUUGUUAUAAAAGUAAUACUUUUAUGUAUUGUAUUAAAUGUUAUGGUCAUUCAUUAAUUUGUAUAUUUAUUACUAGUCAAAUAUCAUCAUCAAAGUAUUUUUGGAAUAACCGCCAUAAUUACUCAAUAAUAAUUGAGUAAAUACCGCCAAAUUGUUUCAACCUUUUUUCUUCUCUUAUACGAGACACGGCUACUACAGACAAUUAUAAUAAAUUAAUCGAAGCACAGUAUAUAUGUAUACGUAUGUGCCUACAACAGGCUGAAGCUGACAGCCAACGAUCAAGCAUAGCAUACCGAACCGAUCACGAUUAUCAUACGGUUCCUCGGAACUAUCUUAGUUCAUCGGCUCGGAACUAGUUCGUUUUUCGUUUUCGUCGAUCGAAGAAAUGCAGUUCGCACAAAUGACGGUAUCAAAUAUCAGAUCAGCAGUCACGUUAAUAGUUCCUCGGAACUAGUGCCAUUUAAUUUUCGGAACUAUUUCAUUUAUAAUAUAAAAUGAACUAGUUUCAGGAACUAGUUCGUUCCGGAACUACCCACCACUAGUGGAAGGAAUAAACUAAAAUAUCAUAUUUCUCUCAUUCCCAUUCUUUCUAAGAACGAAAAUAUAUAUAGACCAGCAAAGUAUUGAUAAGUUUACCGAUGUUUCAAACUAUUCAAUAAACUUGUCUCACUAUGCACUCGUGAAUCGCACCAAUUUAUAUUGUUACGGGGGCAAAUUUUAUGAGGACUAUCUUACUUUUUCACUUAUUUACAUGGGCGAAGCAUACACAAUAAAAAAGACCCAGUAAGAACAUUUUACAUGGUUGCCGCUACCGUUUAGUUCAAUUUGUAGAUUAGUCACUUUUAAUUGAAAAUUGUCCGACUAUAAAUGAUUAACUAUCCAAAAACCUCUAUUUGAAGCAAAUGUUCAUUAUCCAUACUACCGUAAUUUUUAAAUUAACUGUACCUAAAAAUAAAAUUACAAUUAAAAGCUGCAAACUAGGGAUUUUAUUGAUAUUACCGUAAUCAUUUGGCAUUUUAAUAGUGAGACAUUAGUUCGGCUAUCACUUAAUAGAUGGGAAAAUAAGUUCACGUGUCAUUUAGAAGGCAGCAGUGAUGUAUUAAAUGGCGGCAGAUGCGCGUUUGCCAAAUUUAAGAAAAAUCUGCAAAACAUUUAAAACUAGUUUUGUGGUUAUUCCAUACCGUCUACGUCACAGUGUCUUAACAAUUCCAAGUAUACCAUUUUUAUCUUUGGCACCGUGACGUUAUAUAAUCGUGGUCAAAAUGCAGUCAGUUAAGUUUACUGAGAGAUUAUACGAGUUUUAUACAUAUUACAUAAUUUACAUAGGCUCUAGCAUGUCACGUUGGGACUUAUCUAAAAACAAUUUCAGUUUUAUUCACUUUUGCCAAAUGUAAUUGAAGUUAUACUUCUAUGUAAUAUAUGUAUUAAUAUUAUUAUUUAUGUGAUAUGUUUUGUGUUAUAUAUUAAACGUUUAUAAUU